CUUUUCAACAAAUCUAACCAAAGGAAAACACAGGCGCCGAGAACAGACCUCUCUUUGCUUCAUGAGCAACUCACGGUAUGCGACCUUCGAACCACGAGCAACAACCACGUCCGCGAACUCCGCCAGCAACGCCGGCACCGACUCAGCUACCGCCGGAAUUUUUGUAUGACAGUUACCUGUUACGUCCUGCAUCGUCUACUUGUUGGGACUUGGUUUGGAUGACGGGGUUUUGAACAUCGACUAAAGAUAAUACACACUUCAGAAGGCCUCUUCGUAGUUCCAAAUUAAUUGUAGUUUUCCUGUUUGAUAGACCCCAUUGAUGUCUCUCAGAAAGCCUCCGCUUCCCCGUCUCCUUCUCAACAAUGUCUCUUGCAUGAGGAAUGCACAACAAAUCUUGAGACACGUGAAUGCCUCAGUUCACGAUGGUGGAGCACUUGUGCUGAUGGGCACUAAUGGCUCGGGCAAGUCUACUUUCCUACGCAUGUUAGCAGGAUUUUCUCGUCCUUCUGCUGGUCAGGUCCUGUGGAAUGGACAUGACAUCACAGAUUCGGGAGUUUUCCACCAGUACAAGCUUCAACUUAACUGGCUCUCCCUUAAAGAUGCGGUGAAAGAGAAGUUCACAGUUCUCGACAAUGUUCAGUGGUUUGAAGUUCUCGAAGGCAAGGAAGGGAAUUCACUGCCGGCUUUGGAGCUGAUGGGGCUCGGGAGACUGGCAAAGGACAAAGCGAGAAUGCUGUCAAUGGGGCAGCGGAAAAGGCUGCAGCUCGCAAGGCUUCUGGCAAUCGAUAGGCCAAUUUGGUUGCUUGAUGAGCCUUCGGUUGCGUUGGACACUGAAGGGACAAAGCUGCUCGAGUAUAUCAUCGCAGAGCAUAGGAAGAAAGGUGGCAUUGUGAUUGUGGCAACACAUCUGCCUAUUGACAUUGAAGAUGCAACGUAUUUGAGGCUGCCUCCGAGGUUCCCGAGGAGGAUGACUCUCGUAGAUAUGCUUGAUCGUUCGGAUUUUUGAAUUUAUACCUAUUUCUUUGUCAUUGAAAAAUGCAAGUAUGCAACUAUUUUACAUGUUUGUUAUUCAUGCUGUGAACGUUUGAUUUGCUUAUCAAUUUUUUGAUGGCUGCUAUUGUCUUCAA